GAAUUUUAAAUAGUUCAAUCGCUUAUAUCACUAUCUGUCAAAAAGUGUCAUAUUUUCAGUCUGUCGAAGAAGAUUCAAAAUGGCAUUUGGCGACUAUCCAGCUGAGUAUAACCCAAAGGUCCAUGGACCAUACGAUCCAGCACGUUACUAUGGCAAAGCUGAUGUGCCACUCGGUCAAGUCAAAGUUGGUGAGAUUGGCGCAUGGUUGAGUCGUCGCAACAAGUCACCACAAGCUAUUGCUGGUGCAGUCAGCCGUGCCUGGUGGCGUUGGCAACACAAGUACGUGCAACCAAAACGUUCAGGUGUUGCACCAUUUUUCCAGGUUACCUUAGCCGCCAUGACCUUCUUCUAUGCUAUCAAUUACGGUAAAAUGAGACACCACAGAAAUUACAAAUAUCAUUAAACAAUUAAGUUGAUGUAAAAAUACCGAUGUCGCAGAGUUAUAGCUCAAGCGCAGUGAGAAUGUGUGAAGAUAUGAAAAAAUAAACAUAGAAAACACCUUGUA